GAACAUGGGUCUUAACUUGACGGGAGUUUCUGCAGAAACACAGUACUGUUUCCCACACCUGAACGGAUCCUGCCAACGAAGUCAAACACUGACCAUCAUCAAAGCAGCCAUGUACAUGUUCAUGGCUUGCACCAUUCUGAUGACUGUCUGUGGGAACCUGCUGGUCAUCAUCGGUAUCUCUCAUUUCAAACAGCUCCAUUCUCCAACAAACCUCCUCAUCCUCUCUUUAGCAUGCAUAGACUGCUGCCUAGGGUCAUUUGUUAUGCCCUAUAGCAUGAUCAGAUCUGUGGAAAGCUGUUGGUAUUUUGGAGAAAUUGCAUGCAAGAUGCAUUCUGCCUUUGACAUGACAAUGUCCACUGCAUCCAUUUUGCAUCUCUGUCUCAUUUCUAUAGACAGGUAUUUUGCCAUCUGUAAGCCUCUUUGGUACAGAAGCUCAGUAACCAUGAACAAAGUAACCUGUCUUAUUGUCAUCACCUGGUUAUUUUCCUUUGGAUUCAGUUUUGGAGUGGUUUUUUCAAUGGUUAAUUUAGUCGGAAUGGAAGAGUUAAUCACGAUGAACUCCUGCACAGGGAACUGUCUUCUCAUUUUCAACAAACAGUGGGGGGUAGUGGCUGCUUUAGUGGCCUUUUUCAUUCCAGGAACAGUCAUGACAUCACUCUAUCUAAAGAUUUUCUAUGUUGCAAGAAGCCAUGCCAAAAAGAUCAAUGACAGCUUGUCUGCACCAAGAGCAGUAACUGACAAGAAAAAUCAUUCAUUUGAGCAAAGAGAGAAAAAAGCUGCAAAGACCCUUGCUUUUGUGAUGGGAGUCUUUGUGUUGUGUUGGUUGCCAUUUUUUGUUACCCUUAUUGUUGAUCCUUUCAUUAAUUUUUCUACUCCUCUGAGUGUAGCUGAUGCUCUGAUAUGGUUGGGCUACUUUAAUUCUACCUGCAAUCCUCUCAUUUAUGGAUUUUUUUAUCCCUGGUUCCAGAAAGUUUUUAAAAUUAUUAUAUCAGGAAAGGUUUUUCAAAAUGGCUCUUCUUUGUUAAGCAUUUAUAUAGAAAAUGUAUAA